UAUAAUACUUUUGAUUUUUAAUACGUUUUAUAUAAUUAUAAUUUAUAAAUAUGUACAGUAGAUAUGAUAGUUUGCUCUUUAACUACGAAACCACAUACAGAACACAUUAUCGUGACGGUGAAAUUAAAACAUCUUAUAAAACUGCUUUCAAAACAAAACCAAAGUGCCUUAGAAUUCGGCCGCCGCCACUAAAAUAUAUUCACACUCUAUCAGAGUGGAAACAACCUGGUAUUCCACUAGCACUAUAUGUUAAACCAAAGGAAACUAUCCGGACCAAUCCGCGUAACACUCAAAAGUACUAUGAAAAGCCUUCAGAUCCGGAUUGGGAGAAUGCGAUGAAGACACGACUUCGCCUUGUUAUGACGCCGGCUAUUAGUAUGGAUGACAUAUCUCCACCAGAGAAGCGAAAACUUCUGAUUGAAGAUGUGUAUGCCAGCUCAGCUCACAGGUCAAUGCGAGAAGGACUCCCUGUGUCCUCUGGAGUCUGCAUAUCAGCGCCCUUAUCUUGCACACCAGCUGCAGCUACUCCAAUAACGCUUCAGAAGUUGGAAGCUCCGUUCGUUUCUCCUGAAUGGCGUAUGGAUUCAGUUUCGUGGGAUGGACGACAACUGCGCUCUCACUGCGACCCGGAUAAGGAAUUUUACCUCGCUAGAUCUCCUAAGUAGUACGAAAUUGAAUUUGUAAGAAUGACGUCACGACAAUUCGCACGCAGAGAAAAUAAAAACACAUUUACCUUUUCGACUUUAUUGAAAACGACGUUCGUAAAAACAUCGGAAGCUCCUAAAAUACCGUCUUAUAAUUGAUAUUUUUUUAUUGCUUUUUGUUACAAUUGUAUUCAGAUAACUUUUUAUUU